AUGGGGUGGAGUGGAAUGGAGGUCCGGCCGGAGUGGGAUCUAGGCAAGAUGAGGGAGCUGCGCUUCGUUGUGUUGGUUCUGGUGAUAUCCUUGCCGUGCUUCUCUGCAUCCGAUCCCCAAGGAGAUGCUUUAUAUGAUAUGAAACAAAAACUGAACGUUACUGGCGGUCAGCUUUCAGAUUGGAACCAAAAUCAAGUUAACCCUUGCACAUGGAAUUCUGUUAUUUGUGACAAUAACAACAAUGUUGUUCAAGUAACUUUGGCUGCACGAGGAUUCACUGGUGUUUUGUCACCAAGAAUUGGAGAACUCCAAUAUUUGAGUGUCCUGUCAUUGGCUGGUAACAGGAUUACCGGUACCGUACCAGAGGAGUUUGGUAAUCUAUCUAGCUUGACAAGCUUAGAUUUAGAGGACAAUCUUUUAGUUGGAGAAGUACCAGCUUCUCUUGGCAACCUUUCUAAGCUAACGCUGUUGAUACUGAGUAAAAAUAAUUUCAAUGGGUCAAUUCCUGAUAGCAUAGCGAACAUUUCAAGCUUGACAGACAUCCGCCUGGCAUAUAAUAAUUUGUCUGGUCAGAUACCUGGUUCGCUGUUUCAAGUAGCACGUUACAACUUUUCUGGUAAUCACUUAAACUGUGGACCCAACUUCCCGCAUUCUUGUGCAUCCAGCAUGUCCUAUCAGAGUGGAUCCCAUAGCUCAAAAAUUGGCUUAAUACUUGGAACAGUUGGUGGAAUUUUAGGGCUUCUUAUCGUGGGAGCUCUGUUUCUAAUCUGUAAUGCAAGGAGGAAAAGCCACCUGCGGGAAGUUUUUGUGGAUGUAGCAGGCGAGGAUGAUCGACGAAUUGCGUUUGGCCAGAUUAAAAGAUUUGCAUGGCGAGAACUGCAAAUUGCGACUGAUAAUUUCAAUGAAAGAAAUGUUCUUGGACAGGGAGGUUUUGGUAAAGUGUACAAGGGAGUUCUUCCAGAUGCCACUAAGAUUGCUGUAAAACGACUGACUGACUAUGACAGUCCUGGUGGGGAGGCUGCCUUCUUGCGGGAGGUUGAGCUUAUUAGUGUUGCAGUUCACCGCAAUCUCUUACGAUUAAUUGGCUUCUGCACGACACAAACAGAGCGCUUGCUGGUUUAUCCAUUUAUGCAGAAUUUGAGUGUUGCCUGCCGCUUAAGAGAUUUUAAGCCUGGAGAACCCAUCCUAGACUGGCCUUCAAGGAAACGGGUGGCUAUAGGUACAGCUCGUGGACUGGAGUAUCUGCAUGAACACUGCAACCCCAAGAUCAUACACCGUGAUGUUAAAGCUGCAAAUGUAUUGCUUGACGAGGAUUUCGAGCCUGUUGUUGGUGAUUUUGGCCUAGCAAAGCUCGUAGAUGUGCAGAAGACAUCUGUGACAACACAAGUCCGUGGAACCAUGGGUCACAUAGCACCUGAGUACCUGUCCACAGGGAAGUCGUCCGAGAGGACUGAUGUUUUUGGCUAUGGGAUUAUGCUUCUUGAACUUGUGACUGGUCAGCGGGCUAUUGACUUCUCACGGCUGGAAGAGGAAGAAGAUGUGCUAUUGCUUGAUCAUGUAAAGAAGCUACAGAGAGAAGGGGAGCUAGACUCCAUUGUGGACAGCAACCUUAAUCAGAAUUAUGACAUCGAGGAUCUUGAGAUGAUAAUACAGAUAGCACUGCUCUGCACGCAGGCAUCACCUGAGGACCGGCCAUCAAUGUCUGAAGUGGUUAGGAUGCUGGAAGGUGAGGGUUUGGCGGAGCGGUGGGAGGAGUGGCAGCAUGUGGAGGUGACAAGGAGGCAGGAGUAUGAGCGGAUGCAGCGGAGGUUUGACUGGGGAGAGGAUUCCGUCUACAAUCAGGAAGCGAUAGAGUUGUCUGCAGGUAGAUGA